UGUUUGGAGAUCUUUGAAAACACAAAUCUAAACACCAGCCCCGAAGCCCCAACCCCUUGGCUAGCUCUUAUGGGAAUGAAACACUCCUCCCGCUGCCUGCUCCUAAGGAGGAAAAUGGCGGAGAACGCUGCUGACAGCACCGAGGUUUGCCCAAUUCCAUCCCAGCCGCCACAGCCUACUGUUGUUCCAAAGCCAGUUCAAUCUGUCAUACAUGUUCCAUUGCAACCAAGCUGCCCGGGCCGAGGCAAGAUGGCAAAACUCAUCAAUCCAGAAGAGAUGACAUCCAGGGAUUAUUACUUUGAUUCCUAUGCUCACUUUGGAAUUCAUGAGGAAAUGCUAAAAGAUGAAGUGCGAACAUUAACCUAUAGAAACUCAAUGUAUCACAAUAAACAUGUUUUUAAAGAUAAGAUUGUCCUUGAUGUUGGAAGCGGCACAGGAAUCCUCUCCAUGUUUGCUGCAAAGGCAGGAGCUAAGAAGGUAUAUGGGAUUGAAUGCUCAAGUAUAUCUGACUACUCAGAAAAAAUUAUCAAGGCCAACCACUUGGACAACAUAAUCACAAUAUUUAAAGGUAAAGUGGAAGAAGUUGAAUUACCUGUGGAUAAAGUAGACAUCAUCAUCAGCGAGUGGAUGGGUUACUGUCUGUUCUAUGAGUCAAUGUUAAACACAGUCAUCUUCGCACGAGACAAGUGGCUGAAACCUGGAGGGCUAAUGUUUCCAGACCGAGCUGCUUUGUACGUGGUAGCAAUUGAAGACAGACAGUACAAGGACUUCAAAAUUCACUGGUGGGAGAAUGUGUACGGCUUUGACAUGACCUGUAUUAGGGAUGUUGCCAUGAAGGAGCCGUUGGUGGACAUAGUAGAUCCAAAGCAAGUGGUGACCAAUGCCUGUUUAAUAAAGGAAGUAGAUAUUUAUACAGUGAAGACUGAAGAAUUGGCAUUUACUUCUGCAUUCUGCCUCCAAAUUCAACGUAAUGAUUACAUUCAUGCCUUGGUCACCUAUUUUAAUAUCGAAUUUACAAAGUGCCACAAGAAGAUGGGAUUUUCUACAGCACCUGAUGCUCCUUAUACUCACUGGAAGCAAACUGUCUUCUACUUAGAGGACUAUUUAACUGUGAGACGAGGAGAAGAAAUCUAUGGAACUAUAUCCAUGAAACCAAAUGCAAAAAAUGUGCGUGACCUGGAUUUCACAGUAGACUUGGAUUUUAAAGGACAGCUAUGUGAAAUGUCAGUAUCUAAUGACUACAAAAUGCGUUAGCAGGAAACCUUUCAGAGAGAUGAAAAGGAGAAUUUUAUCGAGUCUUGAACUGCUGAGCUUCAAGCUAAGAGCAACUGUUCACAAGAUUAUUUUAUUAACUACUAGAAUGUUUACUCUGAUGGAGAGUGGUAACCUGAUCUUUCUUGCAGAUAGUACAGGGGGGCUGGGAUCCCACUGUGAAUGUACAGUAUACAGAACUGUAGCUUUUGUCAAACAUAGGAAAAAUUAAGCAACAGUCUUGAGUGUUCUGGUUAACUUCAGGAUGGCAGAAGAUGCAUAUACAAAUUGUAUUACUUACUGUGAAUUUCUGGUUCUUCCAAGCUUUGCAUGUUAAGAUGAGUAGGGCAGUUUUCUCACUAUGAAAGACUACUACAGCACAUUACUGUGAUAGUAUUACUGGACUUAUAUUCAAUAUAAGUGAAUAUAUAUAUAUUGUACAUGGGGAAAAAAAGUAAUUUCAUAAUAGGAAUUUGCUUUGUGAAUAUUUAAUUCUCAUUAUGCAGUUAUGGAAAGAUAAUGGUGUUACCUCUGGCACUACUCUAGGCAGUGAUAUAUUCCAUUAACUGUCCAUCCAAUGUUACAGCUUUGGUAAAUACUUCAUGCAAAGUGUACAUAAGAGCUGGACAUUUACAGGAAGUUCAACAACUAUAUUUUUGAAUGUCCUCUGGAAAAUGUGGACCAUUAGUUUUGAAAUUCACCUUCACAACUGGAUGUCUGUCAGAGCUUUAAAAAACAUUAGCUUUUUAUCUUUGAAAAUAUUCUGUGGUGAGUUUUUAUAGCUGGAUUUUGCAUGAGACCUGAAAUCAGACACCUAGUAUUUAAAUGUGAUGAAUGCAAAGUCUCUGAAAUGGUGGAUAAUUCAUGUUUUUUAGCCAUGCCAUAUUUCAGUUCUUUGCAAGAUUCUUAAUACAAAAUAAUUUAAAAAAAUAGGAAUUAGUGUUUCCUUUUGGUGAUGUUUUAGAUAAGUUUUAAAUUGCAAAUACUAUUCUCAAGAGUGCAGUGAUUUGCAGGAACAGAUUAAUGUCUUUAAAAAUGUCAAUGGCUUCUGAUAAUACUAAGAUGUCUGUAGCUUCCCCAUCCCCUUAAGCCCCUUGUUUUUCUUACAAAAUCUCCCGCUUAUUGUUAAAACAUUAAGUGCUUAUAAUUCCGUAUAUGUAUGUAUCAGGUCUUUUUACUAUAUGAAUGUGGACCAUUUAAUCACAUGUAAUUCAUCAACAACUGCGUCAUCAGUCCUAUCUACGCAUUUUCCAGUCUGUCUGGCAUUAGGCACUAAAUCGUUCUAUCAUGUAUUGGGUAAGAUUGACUAGUUUUUUGCCUAAAAAUCUUUUUAAUCACCUGCAAAUAAAGCAUACUUGAAGAUGUA